GAGCUGAGUGAAUCACGGAUGAACGCUUCGCGGGACGAUCGAUCGGCCGCACGGACGCUGCGGCGGCAACUCGGCUUUCCACCCGACGGCGAAGAGGCGAGAGAGCGCGGCGGCGAGUGCGAGCGUGAGGCGAGGAGUCGCGCGCGUCUCGGCGUCAUGUAUCCCAGGAUCGUGCUGCUGUUGCUCGUCGUCGGUUGGGAGGCGAGGAGCGCGCUCGCCGACGCCGAGACGCGGCCCGUCGGCGCCGGCACGGCGACGGCGACGGUGAGCAUCGGCAAGUGUUGCGAGACCGAGGAGCUGCUGGUGGACGACCGGUGCACGCCGCUGGCGGAGACCAACGAGACCAAGUGGCGGCCAGAGUUCGUGGCGGAGCGAGGCGCGGCGGCGCGGGGGAGGCCGGGACUCGUCGAGCCCAGGUACGAGUUGAAGAUCGGACGGCCCAAGUGCGACUCCGACGAGCACCAGUGGCACGUGUACUACUAUCCAUCCGGGCCGGAUCAGCUGGUGAUCCUGCCGAGCGGCAUGUUGCGCCACUACAUCGUCGACCUGACCAAGGGCAUGGACGAGAACCGCGGCGUCUACGGCGUCGCGAUGCUGAAUCUCGACGACGACGACGACGACGACGGCGGCGAGGAACGCGCGACCAUACACUACGACUACCCGUUCGGACAUUACUGCGCCGACAAGGUGGUGCUCAGCGGGGAUCGGCUGGUGGCGACGUACGCAAUGCUUUGCGUGCCGGACGUCGCCGUGCGCUGGACCGACACCAACUACCUGAUGAGGCACGCGAUCGAUCCCGCCUUCCACGCCGUGUCGAUGGUCUGCUAUUUGAUCGUCGCGGUGGUCUACUUCGUGCUGCCGCAGCUGCGCGACCUCGUCGGCAACAUCAUCACUAGUAUGUCCCUCUGCCUCGUGGUCAACCAGUGCGCCUCCACCGUCAGAAUAUUCACGGAGUUCGGCAAUCACGUCAGCUUCAUGGUCGCCGACAUGGUGAUGUAUGUUUUCCUGAUGGCCGCCUUCUUCUGGCUCGGCGCCCUGGGCUACUACGUGUGGAACAUGUUCAGGUCGCGCAACGUUUUCCUGCGGGUGACCGACGGCAGGAAAUACUGCUACUACUCGUCCUGGGUCUGGUGCCUGACGAUCUGCAUCGCCGGCACGGCGAUCUUCGCGCACUUCGCCCUGGAGACGAACCGACCCACCGUCGGCGGCACGGCCUAUCCCGUCCAGGAGACCGUCGGCUGGCUCGGGCUCUCCGUUAUAUUUAUGUGCAUCGCGUUCACCGUCAUCAUCGACCUGUGCCUGAUACUGACCACCGCCAACAGGAUCAAGCGGAUGAGCACGUACGGCCGUAUCCACCACAAGAUGAAGUACAGCUUCCGGAUGUUCGUCUUUCUCUAUGCGAUCAUGGGCGCCGGUUGGCUCUCGCUGCUGCUCUCGCAGUUCAAGUACGACGCCCUGAUAUACUGCCAUAUCGUCGUCAACCCGCUGCAGGCUCUGUUGGUACUUUACGUGUGCGUGUUCGGCCAGCGCAGGGUCACCUUCCUCCUCGGGAAGACGUGCAACUGCUGCGACUCCGGCGACAACACCGAGGGCUUCGACUGGGGCGAGGAGAUGACGGCCAUCAACGCGGGUUAUUAAAGUGCGCUUACUGCCUUUAUGAACCGGCCAAUCUGUCUUACGUGCGUGAUUUGUAUUCGAGUCGUAAUUGAGCGAUGACGACCGCGCGU